AUGCGCUUUCGCGAGCCGGAGGGGGCCGCGGUGGUGGCAUGCGCGCGUCUGACAUGCGACGGAUGGACACCGAGACGUUUGGCGAUGUGGGUCACGGUGGUGGUUAUGGCGGUUACGGCGGAAGAGGAGGGAGAGGAGGCCGCGGAGGCUACGGCUAUUCCGGCGGUUACGGCGGUGGUUACGGCGGGCGAGGCGGUUACCAAGGCGGGGGUGGUUACGGUGGGAGGGGAGGCUACGGGGGAGGAGGGAAUCCCCUCAUUUCCGCCCCUGCUUCCCCUCCUUUCCCCCCACGCAUCCCCUCAUUUCCGCCCCUGCUUCCCCUCCUUUCCCCCCACGCAUCCCCUCAUUUCCGCCCCUGCUUCCCCUCCUUUCCCCCCACGCAUCCCCUCAUUUCCGCCCCUGCUUCCCCUCCUUUCCCACCACUCAUCCCCUCAUUUCCGCCCCUGCUUCCCCUCCUUUCCCCCCACGCAUCCCCUCAUUUCCGCCCCUGCUUCCCCUCCUUUCCCCCCACGCAUCCCCUCAUUUCCGCCCCUGCUUCCCCUCCUUUCCCCCCACGCAUCCCCUCAUUUCCGCCCCUGCUUCCCCUCCUUUCCCCCCACGCAUCCCCUCAUUUCCGCCCCUGCUUCCCCUCCUUUCCCCCCACGCAUCCCCUCAUUUCCGCCCCUGCUUCCCCUCCUUUCCCCCCACGCAUCCCCUCAUUUCCGCCCCUGCUUCCCCUCCUUUCCCCCCACGCAUCCCCUCAUUUCCGCCCCUGCUUCCCCUCCUUUCCCCCCACGCAUCCCCUCAUUUCCGCCCCUGCUUCCCCUCCUUUCCCCCCACGCAUCCCCUCAUUUCCGCCCCUGCUUCCCCUCCUUUCCCCCCACGCAUCCCCUCAUUUCCGCCCCUGCUUCCCCUCCUUUCCCCCCACGCAUCCCCUCAUUUCCGCCCCUGCUUCCCCUCCUUUCCCCCUACGUAUCCCCUCAUUUCCGCCCCUGCUUCCCCUCCUUUCCCCCCACGCAUCCCCUCAUUUCCGCCCCUGCUUCCCCUCCUUUCCCACCACUCAUCCCCUCAUUUCCGCCCCUGCUUCCCCUCCUUUCCCCCCACGCAUCCCCUCAUUUCCGCCCCUGCUUCCCCUCCUUUCCCCCCACGCAUCCCCUCAUUUCCGCCCCUGCUUCCCCUCCUUUCCCCCCACGCAUCCCCUCAUUUCCGCCCCUGCUUCCCCUCCUUUCCCCCCACGCAUCCCCUCAUUUCCGCCCCUGCUUCCCCUCCUUUCCCCCCACGCAUCCCCUCAUUUCCGCCCCUGCUUCCCCUCCUUUCCCCCCACGCAUCCCCUCAUUUCCGCCCCUGCUUCCCCUCCUUUCCCCCCACGCAUCCCCUCAUUUCCGCCCCUGCUUCCCCUCCUUUCCCCCCACGCAUCCCCUCAUUUCCGCCCCUGCUUCCCCUCCUUUCCCCCCACGCAUCCCCUCAUUUCCGCCCCUGCUUCCCCUCCUUUCCCCCCACGCAUCCCCUCAUUUCCGCCCCUGCUUCCCCUCCUUUCCCCCCACGCAUCCCCUCCUUUCCCUCCCUGCUUCCCCUCCUUUCCCUCCCUGCAUCCCCUCCAGUCCCCCCCCCCCACAGCAUCCCCUCAUUUCCCCCCCUGCAUCCCCUCCUUCCCCUCCCUGCAUCCCCUCCUGUCCUCCCCCCCACAGCAUCCCCUCCUUUCCCUCCCUCAUUUCCCCCCUCUGCUUGCCCCUUUUCCUCUCCAUCCCCUCUCCUACCUUCACUCUCCUUCCGUAUCCAUUUUCUUCCCUCACUCGUCCAUUUUCCUCCCUUCCCUCUCCUCCCCCGUCCAACCUCCUCCCUUUUCUCUCCUCCUCGUCAUUUCUCCUCCCUUCCAUCUCCUCUCUCAUCCAAUCUUCUUCUAGCCCCCUGUUCCCUACCUCGACCAAUCUCCUCCCUUGCCCCCUUCCUCUCUUCCGCACUUCCCCUCUUCCUCUCUGUCCCGCCUUCGCUCCCUUGCUUCUCAUCAUUUUUCCGUUUUGCUUCCCCUAUUUUUCCACCCUCCUUUUCCUAAUUCCCCCCCUGCUCUUCAUUAGAGUCCACCUUUGCUUACCAUUUCCUUUCACCCGUGCUAGCCCUCCUCCCCCAUGUUCCUUCCCCUCCAGCUUAUACUCUGUUUCUCCCCUCCUUUCUGGUUUGUUUUCCCCCUACUACCCUAUCGUAUGCACUGCCAUUGGUGCAGUCACUAGCAGGGCGUGUGGUGCGGGCGGUGAUAGUGCUGCCCGCCAGAGACCUGGAUGCCUAGGUGGGUAA